UGGACAAGGAGUUGUCCAAUCAGGGGGCAAUGUGGCGCUCCCCUAUUGUUUGGAGAACUCCGUCUCGAAGUAACAUUCCUUUUCUAUCUUUUGAAUUUAUUCAGUUCUAAAUAGACUCAAAUCCAUUAUCAGAAUUGCAAGCAUUUGGUGCACCUAAAACUAGUUUCCCCGAGAAACUCUCGUCUGUUGGCUACUGGGUUCAUCUUCGAGGUUGAAAACAUGGACACCUUCCUAUUCACCUCUGAAUCUGUGAACGAGGGCCACCCUGACAAGCUUUGUGAUCAGAUAUCAGACGCAGUACUUGAUGCCUGCCUUGAACAGGAUCCCGAUAGCAAAGUUGCCUGCGAAACUUGUACAAAAACGAACAUGGUAAUGAUAUUUGGUGAGAUCACAACCAAGGGCAAUAUCGACUAUGAGAAGAUUGUGCGUGACACCUGCCGUAACAUAGGAUUUACUUCAGAUAAUGUUGGUCUUGAUGCGGACAAGUGCAAGGUCUUAGUUAACAUUGAGCAGCAGGACCCUGAUAUUGCUCAAGUUGUCCACGGCCACCUAACCAAGCGUCCAGAGGAGAUUGGUGCGGGUGAUCAGGGUCACAUGUUUGGCUAUGCCACAGAUGAGACCCCUGAGCUCAUGCCUCUCAGCCAUGUGCUUGCUACUAAACUAGGUGCCCGCCUCACUGAAGUCCGCAAGAAUGGUACAUGUCCGUGGUUGAGACCUGAUGGAAAGACCCAAGUUACAGUCGAGUACUACAAUGACAAUGGUGCGAUGGUUCCUGUUAGGAUCCACACUGUUCUCAUCUCGACUCAGCAUGACGAAACUGUUACUAAUGAUGAGAUUGCUAAGGAUCUUAAGGAGCACGUCAUCAAACCUGUCAUCCCUGGGAAGUACCUUGAUGAAAAGACAACCUUCCACCUCAACCCAUCUGGUAGGUUCGUUAUUGGUGGGCCACAUGGUGAUGCUGGUCUCACAGGUCGCAAAAUUAUUAUUGACACCUAUGGUGGGUGGGGUGCCCAUGGCGGGGGUGCUUUCUCUGGAAAGGACCCAACUAAGGUCGACAGAAGUGGGGCCUACAUCGUUAGGCAGGCUGCCAAGAGCAUUGUUGCCAGUGGCCUUGCCCGCAGAUGCAUAGUGCAGGUCUCAUAUGCCAUUGGUUUACCUGAUCCAUUAUCUGUGUUUGUUGACACUUACGGCACUGGUAGCAUACCAGACAAGGACAUCUUGAAGAUUGUGAAGGAAAUUUUCGAUUUCAGACCCGGAAUGAUUUCCGCUAACUUGGAUUUGAAGAGGGGUGGCAAUGGAAGGUUCUUGAAAACCGCUACACAUGGUCACUUCGGACGAGAUGACCCCGACUUCACAUGGGAGGUAACUAAGCUCCUCAAAUGAGAGAAGCCCCAAAACUAGUUAUGCUAUACAAUCCUUGCAAUGUGUUGAAUCAUGUGAUCAUUCCAAAUUGAUGGUCUGUGGCCAAGUCUUAUUUGUUGUCCUGCUUUUUCCCUUCUAUUUUUCUCCCUUUUUUAACCCUUAGUUUGUCUUGAGCCUGCCUUGUAAGAGAUGCGGAUGUAUUCAUAAAAUUUCUCUAUAGUUGAUGUUUGGAAACCUUUAAAUAUAGUUUUGUUCAUAGCUGUUCUA